UCCUACAAGUUAGGUGUGUCAGUGAGGUUCAGAGACGUACAAGACAAUCCACCACACGCCGGUCACUGUCACACAGCACAUGGUCAAUACGCUCUCGCACCUGUCCGGCCUCUCUCACCUGUAAUCAAGGACAUAACGCUACACUCCGCACACUGACAGGUAUUACAAGAUCCACGUGUGUCGUCUCACAGAAGGAUAUAUAUUCGGGAUUACAAGAGAAUGCCCAGUGGUCUUUGACGUGCUAGUGUCGUGUGUGAAUCUCGGACCCCCAUCAUGUGGUCACUACCGGUCAUCUGUCGGAAAGGCACCUGUCUGAGAACUUGGUUUUCCGUGGGACUGUUGUUUGUCGUGUGUAUUGCUGGGACAGCUAGUCAAGACAGCCGUUAUGAGGUGCAGGUACAGAUGACUGUGGAGAACUAUACCUGGAAUGCUGAAUAUGCCGACAACUCCAGCCAAACCUUCUCCACAGCAGCUACAGAGAUAACAAGACAAAUAUCAUGUAACCUGAAUGAGAGCCUCCAGGUGGAGCAGGUGGCGGUGUCACAGAUAAGAGAAGGGCUGCAAUCAAGCACAGUUGACAUUGAUGUUACCAUCCAUCUGCCUGGAACUAGCCUGGUCGACCUUCAGACGGCUUUGGCCCCUGGUGUAACUUUGGCCAGGUGUAAUCUGACAGCCACUGUCAAUGCAUUUAAUGCAACUCAGAUCUUGACCCAGUCAUCUGCAACGUCCUCGUCGUUUGUGUCCUCUUCGUCCUUCAUGUCCUCUUCGUCCUUCGUGUCCUCUUCGUCUCAGGCAGGCGGCGUAGAGGCAACGUCGACAUCGCAGGUAACGACGGGAAUGAACGGCGAAGUGACCAACUCAACUCUCACUCAAGUCUCGUCCUCAGUGGUUCAGUCCGAGAUGACAACAUCAAGCUCAUCAAGCGCACACCAAGCUAUUUCUUCAUCAUCAACUGAGAUAUCAUCAACAUCAUCCUUGCAGGCUCAAGGUCAAGCCUCCACUUCACUGACAGGAGACCAAGAAUCAUCGUCCCAAUACAUCAUGGCUACAUCUACAAUGUCUGCAGCAGGAGCUUCCAGCUCGGUUCCCCCUGUGCCUGCCUCUUCGAGUGUUGUACCUGACUCUUCAAGUGUAGUACCUGAAAUUACAGCGUCAUCACCUGCCCCAGAUACAGCUGCCCCAGGAUCCUCUAGUCAGGCUGACCGUGCACCGCAGUCAAGUUCAAUGGCAGAAGGGUCAUCAUCAUCUAUGAUGCAGUUUGUGUCACCGUCAGAACAGGUGCCCACACCGUCAUCAUCCCAAGCUGCGUCUGUCGAUGCCCAGGUCUCAACAGUGCAAGGUUCUCACCAACAGGUGACGUCCACGGAUGUUGUACAAAGUUCAGCAAUUCAAUCUAGUGCUGUUGACAUGCAGACCACAACCAUGCCCUCAUCCGACGUGGUGUCAUCCUCAUCUCCUUCUCCCCUGGAGUCCAGCUCCACCCAACCUGCGAUGCCAGAGUCCAGGUCAGCACCCGGUAUUGAAACGUCUAGUCAAGCAACAUCAGCAUCAGCAUUGGAAGGGUCUUCUAGUCAGACCAUGCCUACAGGAUCAGCUUCACUUUCGUCCUCACCGGUCAUUGUCAUCGCUCCGUCCUCAAGUGAAAUUACACCACCCUCCACACCACUCCCGGACACGAGCACACCCGGGGUUGUGGUUGGUUCUUCCUCAUCGCACCAGUUGAUGUCCUCAUCCCACCAGCUGAUGUCCUCAUCCCACCAGCUGAUGUCCUCAGAACAGACUCCCACUUCAUCAUUGGCCAACGUCGAGUCUUCCGCAGUCAUGGCAGUAUCAACAAUGCCUGUUGAAUCUAGACAACAUUCAGUGAAGGAGUCCUCAACAUCGGUAAUACAACUAGUUGACACAACAAGUUCACGGCUUAUCGAAACGCCUGGGACAGAGAGUCCGACGUCUUCAUCAGCUGUUGCUGUUACCCCAGGGGGCUCAGAGAAGGUGUCUGAUAUGUCGACCAGCAGUAUGCCAGCUGUGACGGAAAUGCCAUCCUCCGUCACCAGCUCCUACUCCGUAUUGCCGUCAGAGUCACAGGGUGAAGUGAGGCCUGUCGCAAGUAGUAAGGACAUGUCAGAGGUGGUCCCAAGCUCUGCCAUGUCUGAAUAUCACAGUGAAGUACUUUCCUCCGUGGAACCAUCGUCAACUGUCCGCAUGGCAUCCGAUUCUACCCCUAUUGCCUCUGGGUCAUCUGGGUCUGUGAUGGUCCCGAGUGAAGUUGUGACAACAUCAUCUGCCGGUAUGUCAACAGGAUUAAUGGAAUCAUCUUCUAGUAUGUCAAACGACGGAGGGAUUAUUGUCGUCCCUGCUUCAACUGGGGAUCAAAUGGCAACAUCUCAAACCAUGGAACAAUCCUCCUAUGUGAUGGCGACUGAACCAUCCUCCCCUGCUGUUGUUCCUUCAUCUUCUGACGUCUAUGUACAGUCCCAGGUGACCUCCCACACAUCUGUGUCUACACCUGUCUUGGAACCCGUUGCAACGUCGCCAGCAUCAGCAUCUGUUGCAGUGUCAAUGUCAUCACUUUCGGAGACAUUAGGCGCCACCCAAAUGGAGACAGAAAUGGUCAGCUCAUCCGCAGCAAUGCCAACGAUGCCUACACAUUCAAGCAUUAUGACAUCUAUGACGUCUUCAGAUGUUGUCAUCGUUGUCCCACCGGUAACAGACCAGGUUACCCAGGCUUCUUCUGUCCCAAUGUCUGCGUCGACUCCUGUUGCUAUGGAAACGACAUCUGAAGUAAUUCAACCACAAACGUCCGCCUUGCCCGUAUCUACAUCAGGGAUGGAAUCGCAGACAGCCAAGUCGUCAUCUGAGUCAAUUCCGCUGUCAACCAGUUCCUCAUCCCUUACCGCUGUACCCAGCAUCCCACCAACUGACUCGUCAUCCUAUGUCGUCGUCGUCCAACCUGCCACCAGCACCGUCGCGGCAACGUCCUCAUCGACGUCUACGUCUGGAGUGUUUGUCCCUGUGUUCUCCUCCACCACAGAGUCUUCAGGUGUGCCUCCAGCCUCGGGGAUGUCCAGUCAGAUGUCCAGUCAGAUGCCCAGUCAGAUGUCCAGUCAGAUGUCCAGUCAGAUGUCCAGCAUGUCCGACUCGUUGGCCCAGCCACCUAUGGAAGCAUCGUCUGCAAUGGACUCUCCGAGUGUGACAACGUAUAUUGCAACGCAUGUCAUUGAUUCGAGCAGUGCCAUGAUGGAGUCAAGCGGUGUACCAGUUGUCGUAACAAGUUCAAUGGUUGAAUCCAGUGGUGUACCAGUUGUCGUAACAAGUUCAAUGGUUGAAUCCAGUGGUGUACCAGUUGUCGUAACAAGUUCGAUGGUUGAAUCAAGCAGUGCACCACCUAUGUUUACAAGUUCGAUGGUUGAAUCAAGCAGUGGCCUGGCCAUGUUUACAAGUUCAAUGAUGGAAUCAAGCAGUGCGCCAGUUGUCUUCACAAGUUCGAUGAUUGAAUCAAGCAGUGCACCUACUAUGUUUACAAGUUCAAUGAUUGAAUCAAGCAGUGCGCCAGUUGUCUUCACAAGUUCGAUGAUUGAAUCAAGCAGUGCACCACCUAUGUUUACAAGUUCAAUGAUUGAAUCAAGCAGUGCGUCACCCAUGUUUACAAGUUCGAUGGUUGAAUCGAUGCCCUCCACCUCGCAAUCUUCCUCGACGUUGUUACCCCUGCCUCCCACACAACCCAUCUCUUCCUCCAUGGAGAGUUCAAGCAUGCCUGUUGCUAUGACAACAACCGCCGUAUUGACAUCAUCAGUCGCACCGCUCCCACCAUCAACGUCCUCCUCAUCAAUGUCCUCCUCGUCAUCAAUGCCAUCUUCAAGUUCUGUGAUGACACCAACCAGCAGCGUUUAUUCCUCAUCCUCCAUUUCCCCAUCAACAACAGAGGUGAUGACUUCUUCAACAGUUGUGACACCCACAACAACGAGUGCUCCAACAACGACAACAGCAGCCGCGGUGGUGGAUGUGAACGGCAAGUUCUCCAUCGUUGAGGGUCGCAACUUCACCGAGGAGUUACUGAAUACGUCGUCCCCUCAGUACAUCGAGCUGAAACAGGAUCUCAAACUAAAACUGGAGGGCCUGUACAAGAUGAGCACUCUGAAGGACCUUUUCCUGGGAAUCAGUGUCAUGACGUUCAGCCAGGGCAGCAUCGUCGUCAGCUACACGGCUGAGUUCACGAGCAGCAGCAACGUGACGGGCGAGAGCGUAACAUCAGCGUUCAUGAACGGCCUCAGUGACGGUGACAAACUGGGCAACUACACCAUCAACAACGACACCGUGAGCCAUGAAGUCGUACCGGGGACAAUGGCGCCAACAGUAGCAACGACGCCGGCGCCAACACCAGUGCCCAAAGACGAAUUCCCGAACUGGGCUAUCGCCGUCAUCGUGUGCGGCUCCAUCCUCCUCAUCUUCUUGUUCUUCAUGAUCUGCGUCCUGUGUUCGCGUCGUCAUACACGACAGAAGUACCGGAUGGAAGAAGAUCCCGACGACAUCGGCUACAGGCGGACCUGGGCCGACUCCCCCCACGAAUACGCCUACGACAAUAAACUGGCAGUUUCCGAGAGCAACGAAAACGGAAAAGACGUGCCCGUUAGAUACGACAUGGCGGACACACUACCCAGAGAUCAGCAACGAACCACAUCACUAUGAGUAAGUGAUGUGCAAGUCUUGACGGUUUGCGAAAUGGACGCCCCGGAAGUGAACGUGCUGGAUUUACCAACAAUGCUGUCGUGUUCUUCAAUGACAACAUCAUGACCCUAUACAACGAGGACCAGGAAGCAUGGGAGACGAGGCUUUGAUGACGUCAUACUGAUGAUAUGAAGGAACCAUUAGGUGACGUCAUAAUGAAGUUACGAACAAAAUGUGUUGACGUCGAACACCUAUACUGCCAUUCCAUGACAACGUUAGUCGUAUUCAGACCCUGACGUCACUAGAUACUUUGAUGCAGAUAAAGAAAUGACGUCACUGAAUGCUGACGUAAAAUAUGUACCAAAGGAACUCCGCGAUUGUCUGGGAUAAGGCGGCUGUGUGGUUGUGUGGUCGUGAGCGACUACAAGAUUAACAAUAGUUACGAUGAGAGUACACACUUGUUAUUUCACGAAACAAUUUUGAUGCGUCCAUUAAAGAAGGAUUGAACCGUCAUACAGGUGGUAAGAAAGUCAAGGUCACAAAACCGUUAAGGUCAUGAAUUUUCCUCGCACUAAGGGGAGAUAACUCUAUAGGAAGAUCUCGAGUGAUGUCGCUAUGCAAUAUGUGUGUGGGUGAGUUGUAGGUGACUGUUUUGUAAAUUGUACAUGAUGUAGAGACAUUGAUUAGAAAAAUGUAAUCAGACAAGGCGAGAUAGAGUAGAUAGGACAAAGAGAUCUGAUGUAUGGCUCGGAUACGCCACUGAUAUACAGACUCAGGCCUAGUUAGGUCAGGGGUUAUUUGUUCCCCUCUUCGAAUCAUCCGUUAGUUGGGGCCGGUGUCAUUCUAUAAGGCUAAUAGUAUCAUUAGGUGGGUGUCACCUCACUCUACUAGACACAGAAGACUCCAUCAUGGAAAUAUUUAGGUAAUCUGGCACCAUGAUCAUCACAAUUAGCCCGCCCCCCCUCCCCCUCCC